AUGGAUGAACCAGCAAAAGGCAAUGAUGCAGCUGAAGAAUUAGAGACGCUUUCGCAGAAUGUGUUGUUUUUGAUGAUGCUCAUUUUUUGCGGCGGCACAUUCUUCAUGACAAACAUGUCAAAAAUACCUCUACCAUAUACGGUAGUUUUGUUUUUGUACGGAAUUUUUGUCGGUUUUUUUGCUCACUGGAUCACCCCAGAUGUUGCUACAUCACUUGGCAAUAUUCCACCGGAGCUUCUUUUCUAUAUAUUUCUUCCAGUAUUGAUCUUUGAGGGGAGUUAUGCGAUGAAUGUGCAUGCACUACGUCGUGUUUUUCCUCAAGUACUAAUUCUAGCUUCUGUUGGUGUUGUUGUUAACACUUGUUUGCUUGCCUUACCUGUGGCGUGCUUUUUUCCAGAUUGGUCAUGGUAUUCAGCUCUGUUGUUGGGAUCCUUAUUGUCUGCGACUGAUCCUGUGGCUGUCGUCUCAUUAUUAAAGGGUCUUGGUGUUGACAGUAGGAUUACUGCUAUGGUAGAUGGUGAGGCUAUCAUGAAUGAUGGUACAGCUAUCAUUGCAUUUAAACUAUUAUUGCCUGCUGCACGAGUUGGCUGCUUGAAGGACUCAACGUGGAACAUCAUUCUAAAGGGUGUACAACUUGCAGCUUUACCCAUUAUUGUGGGACCUGUUUUUGGAUUUAUACAAUCAUAUUGGUUACGCCAUGCUACAGGUGGUAUUGUGAAGACAUGCAUCACAGUAUCUGUCACAUAUGUUUGUUACUAUGUUGCUGGAAAUAUUAUAGGUACUAGUGGAGUGC